CCACAUUUUCCAGUAGGCUGCGCAAAUUGAAAAUCGUUUAUUUUGAGGAGCUUUGAACCAUUUUACGUACGACAUUUUAUACAACACUUGUGAUUUAGGCAUUUUGCAAACAAGAUACAAAUCGAACUUUUUAGAAGUGCUAAGAAAACGGUCUUAUAGACACAACCAACACUCUGAUAGGAGCCGGUUGCACGUUAGCUUCGGACUAAAGCAGAUGUUCCGUGCUGUGGGAGCUGGGGGCCAUCCGUUGUGCAGCUAUAUUUCGGAUGUGAUCAAUAUAUCAUUGCAUUGAUUGACAUACGCAACGAUAUCAUUUCGAACAUAAUACCUGAGCACAAUACUCCAUUAGCAGACCCGACCGGCUGAGCUCCAAAGUGAUAUUUGCUUUAAAUUUGUUCUAAGGGCGCAAAGGACUUGCUGCCAUAUGGAAGUACUAGCGAUUGGCGAUAAGAUCAAUAUCAGACGAUCCGACGGAUGCAUACAGUCCGCAUCAGUCGGAUUGAAGAGUGUCGAGCGACAGAUUGUUACCGUUGAAUGGACACAGGGCAGCAAGGUCAAAGGUAAGGAAAUACCCUGGGGCGCCAUACUGGAGCUCAAUCCGUGUUUAGCGAAGGUCAAGCAGAAGCAACAAUCGGCGCCCGAUAAGAAGGAGCCACUCAAAACCGAGUCCAAGCCGCACAAUCUCUCCGGCUACAAUAUGUACCGGAAGAAGCCAACCAACAGCAGCCCGUACAAGAAGCGCUUGCGCGCCGGCAAUCGCUGCGAUAGCGCCAUCAAUGUGCCGGCUUCCAUCAAGGCAGCGCAGCCGGUUCAUGGUGUCUUGGCCGUCACCCAGGUGAAUACCGAUCUGGGAGCCGUCAAGGGCACGUCGAGCAUGAGCAGCAUUAAGCGCUCGAGCGUUGUGCGCGAGGUGGAGCGACUGAAGGAGCAGCGGGAGCGUCGACGCGCCAUCCAGGCCGAGCAGCGACGGGAGCAGAGUGCUCUCAAGAGCCGAGAUCCGGGCAAUCCCAACUGGGAGGUGGCACUGAUGGUGCGCAACUAUCGCGAGCAGCUGCAGUUCAAUCCGCUGCGCUGCCUGAGUUCGCGCGGCGCACGCAUCCAACAGAUCACGGUGUGCGUGCGCAAGCGUCCCAUGAGCCGGCGCGAGCUGCAGUCGAAGGCCGUCGACAUUAUAUCGGUGCCCAGUCGCAAUUCGUUGAUCGUGCACGAGCUGCGCAACAAGGUCGAUCUCACCAAGUUACUGGAGCACCACAAGUUUCGCUUCGACUACACCUUCGACGAGCUGUGCAGCAACAUGCUGGUCUACGAGCACACGGCCCGGCCCCUGAUACGCACCAUGUUCGAGGGCGGCAAUGCCACCUGCUUCGCCUACGGCCAGACUGGCAGCGGCAAGACACACACCAUGGGCGGCGAGUUCUGUGGCAAGGUGCAGGACUGUACCACAGGCAUUUACGCUCUGGCCGCUCAGGAUGUCUUCGCGGAGCUGUCGAAGCCCAAGUAUCGCGAAAUGGGCGCAAGUGUUACGUGCAGCUAUUUUGAGAUCUACGGCAGUAAGGUAUUCGAUCUGCUGCUGCCGGACAAGCCGAUGCUGCGCGUCCUAGAGGACGGCCGCCAGCAGGUGGUGAUUGUUGGACUGACCAAAAUGCCGGUGAAGAAGGUGGAGGAUGUGCUGGGAAUUAUCGAGCAGGGCAAUCGGGAGCGCACCUCCGGCCAGACGUCCGUAAACAUCAAGUCGUCGCGCUCGCACGCCGUCUUCCAGAUGGGUCUGCUGAUGCCCGAUGAACUGGAGCCGUGCGGCAAGUGCUCCUUCGUGGAUCUGGCUGGCAAUGAGCGCGGCGCCGAUACACAGUCGGCCAACCUGCAGACGCGUCGUGAGGGCGCCGAAAUCAACAAGUCCCUGUUGGCGCUGAAGGAGUGCAUUCGUGCUUUGAGUCGCCAUUCGAGCCACCUGCCGUUCCGGGGCUCCAAGCUGACGCAGGUGCUGCGCGAUUCCUUCAUUGGGGGCGAGCAGAACAAGACCUGCAUGAUAGCCAUGAUAUCGCCGGGCCUGAGCUCCGUGGAGAACACGCUGAAUACCUUGCGCUAUGCGGAUCGUGUCAAGGAACUGGUGGCCAAGGAGGAUGAUCUAGCGGAAACUGACAGCGAGCAGCCAAACCCGAGCGAAAAGAUGAGCAAGACCAAGCUCGGCUUGGGGUCCUGCCCCGGGACCGACACCGAAUCGGACGAGUUCGAGCCGGAGCCCAGCGGCUUUGCUGACUUCAACUCAAGCCAAACAUCAGAUGGCAACAGUUCCUUUCGUAAAUUCGAUAGUAAUCUAGACAUGAGCGACGCAGACGGCGAUGGCGACGCUGACGGCGACGGUGACGGUGACGGUGACGGUGACGGUGACGGCGACGGCGACGGCGAUGGCGACCCUGAAGCGGGUCUCCAAAUAUCUGAGAUUUUAAUGCAGCACGAUGUACUUUUUGAGUUUUUCAAUAAUUACAAGAUGCAUUUUGACGAGGCUGUUAACGAAUCGACAUCUCUUGGCAAGAAUGAUCGUAUAACCAAAUUUCUGCUGGACGGGGAGCCAAUAAUUUGCGAGCUGGAGAUCCUGUUGAAGCACGCACAUGUCCUCAUCACCAACUACAAUUCGCAGCGAUUUUUGGACAGCGAGCUGACGGAGAGCGAUGAUGUGCAGCAGCUAUCAGAUUAGGGCUUCAUGACUUAGGACCUCGCCAACAACAUCAAAAACCAUUUAUUUAUUUUAUAUCGUA